AUGCUGACCGAAAUAGCACGGGGACUUUAUGGCCACCACUUCCUCGCAGACUGCUUGGCGGUGGCCUGUGCUUCUUUCCUCAUGGGAAGGCUGCAUGGAGCACUUGGGAUGAGCUGGCAUGGUGCUUACAUAGCAUCCAUUCUCCUGGUCCUUCUGCAGAUUGCAACCUGCUUUGAAGAGCUUCGAGUCUUGACGACAGGGCUGCGAAUGACUUGGUUCGUUGCGCUGCACUUCUCCGCCAUUGCAGGCGUUUGCAAAGGCUGCCGGUACAGCACUUUGAGACCGAGCGGUUUCUUUACCGGAUUCAAGAAGAUACCCCGCGAAAUUCCAUCUACUCCAGUUUACGAGUUGAUUCCGCUUGUUGUGGUGGCAACGACGGUUUCUUUGAUUGGUAUGUCAAGCUACUGGUACUGGCCUUCCGGAGGAACCAGAGCUGGCUUUGAGGCCCCUCCCAGAAACGAGCUGGUGUCCAAAGGGAUGCUGAAUCGCCGAGAGCGGCGUGAAAGUUGGCACAGCAGAUCUCUGGAUGGCCACGUCCAGAAGGAGCCACGGCGCACAGCUGGAGCAGUUGGGCAGGAAGCCGCUGCUGCCACCGUGAUUGGCGGCGGCAGCACAUCCAAUGAGUCGCUGUCACUGGCAUCACUCCUCUGCAAGCUCGGAGUUGCCCUUCAUGCAUUGCAUGGCUUCAAUUGCCAACAAGCAGUAGACGAGCUCUCAUCGCUGCCAAAGAGGCACUAUGAGACUGGAUACGUGUUGGAUUUGGUGGGGCUUAGUCACUUUGAAGCCGCGGACUACAAGAAGUCCGAGCUUGCAUACAAUCAGGCUUGGAGAGUGGAGCCACAUCGGGUGGAAGGACUGGAGUACUACUCCUCUGCCUUGUGGCACCUUCGCAGGGAUGUGGAGCUUUGUAGAUUGGCGCAACAAUGCAUGCAGUGGGACCGCCUCAGACCCCAAGUGUGGUGCGUGGUGGGAAACUGCUUUAGUUUGCAAAAAGAGCACGAUGCUGCCAUCAAGCUGUUCAAGCGUGCCAUACAGGUCGACUCCGCGUUCACCUAUGCUUACACGCUGUGUGGUCAUGAAUUUGUGGCCAGCGAGAAGAUAGACAAGGCAGUAGCCAUGUACGAGAACGCAUUGAACCUUGACCCACGGCAUUACAAUGCCUGGUGGGGUCUCGGCAACAUUUACCAUCGCCAAGAAGAGCAUGAGAAUGCGAAGUAUCACUUCUACAAGGCCCUCCAGGUGAAUGCCAGCAACUCAGUCCUUCGAUGCUACCUGGGCAUGGUGCUGAGCGCGUUAAAGCAGCCGCUGCUGGCACUGGACAGCUUUGACCAGGCAGCCCAGACAGAGCCACAGAACGGCAUGGCGUACUUCCAAAAGGCAUGCGUCCUCAUAAGCUUGGAGAGAUACGACGAAGCCCUUGCUGAUCUGAAGAAGGUGCGCUGCUUAGCUCCAAAGGAGGCUUGCGUGCACUUCCAGCUAGGUAAGGUCUACAUGAAGCUGCAGAAGGACAGGAAAGCUCUUUACCAUUUUAACAUUGCCAUGGACCUGAACCGCGACUCGAAGGACUACCACACCAUCAAGACGCACAUCGAAAAGCUGCACAUCCGGGGCAUCAGCGAGGAAUCGACAGGAGAAGCCUCUACUGGCGCAGGAGCGCACAGGAUCAUGAGUGCUGCCCCACCAGUUCUGGUGACGGGUGGCCUUUCCUCACCUGUGGCUGCUGCGCAGCUGUAUGGUCUGAGCCCUGGCUCUCGGCCAGGCUCAGAGGCUCCACAGACGCCGGCAGUGCGAGGUGUUACAGGAGGCUUCUGGAGCGCGAGUGCGAGUGGUAGCGGAGGCCCACCAGAGCGAGUUCGAGCAUAUCCUGUCACAGCUCAACGUGGUCGUGGUAGUCCCCUUUCUUGGGGCAGCCCGGGCAAUACUGGCGGCCUGCAGGGUUCCAGCGGCUUCCGCAUUUGA